AAAGGAUGUGAGGAUGAACCUGGAGCCCUGGUCCACCAUGUAGCUUGACCUCCCAGAUAGGUCAGCCUAAGGGUGUUCUGGUGCCGACCCACAGCCAUGUCGGACCGCAUGAGGCGCUCCAGCCGGCGGAGGUCGCCCCGCCGGUCGCCCCGCCGGUCGCCCGCCCCCCGGAACGGCGCUUCCCGGCGUGCACGGCGUUCACGCUCCCGGCGCUCGCGGCGGGCGGCGAAGCCGGCGGAGCGGAGGAGGCGAAGCCACUCUCGGCGGCGCGACGAGGGCCGCCGUGGCCGGGAGCGGCAGGACCCGGCAGCGCGUGGCCACGAGGAUCGGUCCUCGAGCCCCUCCGCGGAUCUGGGUGCCAAAUUGGCCAAAGCGGGAGUGGACCCCAUGGCUGUGUUGGAGGCUGCUUGUGAAAUUGAGAGCAAGGCUGAGAAGGCGCCUUCAAAGCUGGCUGACAGCUUGCAGGGCUUCCAGGCGCCACCCGAGCGACAGGAUGCCCCGCAGCUCGAAGUCCCUCGCAUCACACACAUGGAGACUGUCUCAAUCCCGCUCCUAGCAGAGAAGGAGACCAGGUCGGUGACGCCCUCCUCUUCCACGCCCUCGUCGUCGUUGUCACCGUCACCGGUGCGUCCAGGAAGGCCGCAAGCGAGGAUGACCGAGGAGCCCUGGCUUGGCCCCCUGGAGCGGUACUUGCUUCGAGGUGGGGAGAUUCUGGAAAGCAUCACCAUUCAGUCCAAAGCCUUGGCGCAUGAGGAGAGAAGCAACGAGCUCGGUUUGAAAUGGUUUGAAUCGAAGGUUCCGAUAUGUUCCGAUGAUUGUUCUUUGAUAUAUACAUAAUAUUCGAACUUGAUGGAUAUUAGGCAAAACCAAUGAAUAAAUAAAUCAAUCAAAAAAUAAUACAACAAAUAUGAGCAUCCGACAAAUUUAUUGGAGUAUUAAAUAUGUAAAGAG